CUCUGGUAGGUGGCGCUGCCUCAAAGAAUCUAGGCAACGGUGAUGAGGCGAGUCCUACGUCAUAGAGGAGGCUGUGUUUUGUUGUUAGUAUGUUUGGAUGCCACACCUGCAGGGAGGCAGAAAAUGUAAAGGCUCCAUUUCGAUGCAUUUUUCACUGAACCGCAGGAGCAGGGGGCGACGGCAACUCAAGAAGACUGGGGGGCUUUGACUUCAAUCUCAGCGAUUGAGAUUUAAAUUGUGGUGCCAGUAACAUGGGUGGAGGUCAGGUUUGUCUGAAAUGGAAUAGUUUCCAUUCAAGCUUAACAUCCGGCUUUAGAACUUUAUGGGAAGAGGAUGGUUUAGUUGAUGUCACUUUGGCUAGUGACGGACGGUGCAUCCAAGCACAUAAACUAAUACUAUCUGCCUGUAGCCCAUUUUUUAGAGAAGUUUUCAAGGCUAACCCUUGUCAACAUCCUGUGAUCAUUCUUCAAGACACACAUUUUUCUGAACUGGAAAGUUUAUUAUGUUUUGUUUACAAAGGGGAGGUAAACAUCGAUGAAGAAAAUCUACCUGCAUUGCUUAGAGCAGCUGAAACCCUCCAGAUCAGAGGACUGGCUGGUGCAUCUGAGCAAGUUACAAAUGAGUUAGGUAGUGUAACUGAAGAAAUUGAGGAGGUAGCUGUUGAAGAAAAUUCAGCUCCUGCCAAACGGCUUAGGGAUGAGAAAUGGCAAUCACCUUCUUCAUCAAAUUUAUGGAAACCGCGUAGUGCAAGGACCAAGAAACGCACUGGUAGCAGAGGUAGUGCAAGAGGUGCCCCAAUUUCAGUUGAAGCUGUGCUUGAAACAGCUCUUUCUCCUGAAAGAGUACCAAAAUUAGAACCUAUGGACCAUGAUGAAGAUACAGAUGGAGACACCUCUGCUAUUUUGUCGGAUGCAGCUGAGGACCUAGCUGACAGUAACACUGAUCUCUUCUUGGGUCCAGUAAUGGAGAUGAGCAUCACCCCUGACAACAGUGUUUCAGCAUCUGAUACUGGUCAAAAUAAUGGCACUGCUGCUGAUGACAAAUCAGAGGGAGAUGAAGAGACCGGUACACAUUCAAACACUGGUCAGUUACCAUUUCAAAAGCUGCCUUAUGCUGAUCUCCUGCCUGAAACCGAAGUUCUUGCUGUUUGGUCCAAAAGCCGUUCUCCAGAGCAACUGGCCUGUGAUCUGAUGAAGGUGUUGUUUUCUGUAGAAGAGCGAUUACUAUGCAAUGUAAAUGGGAAGCUGGGUAAACAGCAAUUUAAUGUUCAUAAAGUUCAACUAAUAAGAGAGGUGUUAAGCUUUUUCACAACUCUCAGUCCUGCUGAGUUCGAAGAGCAAUGGAAAUAUUGUAUAACUAAAAUAGACACAGCUAAUCGAGGUUUAAAAAGAAAUAUGGUUAUUCGAGGUAGGAAGACUACCUCUUGGCUUCUUAGAUAGAACAAUUUGUUGAAUUUAGUUAGUUUCUGCAAAAUGCUGUAGGCCAUAAUGUCUCUAAAUUACCUGCAAAUCACUGUAUUGGCUUACUCACCGUUAAGUCACUAUGGCAUGAUUUCUUACAUAAGCCCAGUGUAAUGUUCUGUAUGAAUAUCUUGAAAGUUUCAAGUCUUAAUUUUGCAUGCAUUCAUUCCAUCACAUCAUGUCCCAUCAUUCCAGUUGUGAUUUGCUUCUGGAGUCGCAAGGGCUUCACACAUUCCCCUUUAAAUGUAGAUCUUUAGUUGCCGUAGUUCCUGUUAAUGUGACCUAUGUUUGGUCUUCAUAUUGUUUAGAUUUGUUUAUUCAUACAGGGUGUCUCUAGCUUAAAGUGUAGGUUUUUUUUUUGUUUGUUUUUCAUAACUAUAUGUGCCUUUUUAUUUUUUUCUAGGGUAGUUUAAAGUGCAAUUGUAGUAGAGGACAUGUUUAUCUCUUACCUGUUUUGUUUGUUCUUUUUUUUUUUUCUUCCUCUUCUGUUUGUUAGUUUGUUUCUUUGUGUGUAUGUGUGAGUAUGAAUGUGCGUGUGUCUGUGUUAAAGAGCAAAUUGCCCCCACCAUCACUUUAAUAAGGUAUCCUAGUUAAUUCUUUGGGUUUGUCAGAGCAAUGUUGUGGAUAGUGCAGAGUAAUGCUCUUCGGCUGUGUUUUUGCAAUAUUUCUAAAUGCAUACUGAGUAAAAUCACACGUGGGCCUAGGUUUAUCAAUGACUGAUCUUAGUUUCUCCAAGUUGAGAUUUCUGUUAACUGCAACUAGCUUUUAUGUUUUCCAGCCUAAUAGAGAAACAUAGACACUGUUGAAUUUUUAUAUUCUAGAUUUUUAGAAAAUAUAAAUAUAUGAUGUUGUUGCAGGGGGCUGAUCUUGAUGUUCCUAGAGUGUUGUAAAUAUGUUUGCUGGGUAAUCAACAAUUGUUGAUGUGGCCACAAAUUUAUAUAUUUUGAUAUUUGUAUAGUUGGAACUAAUCAAGCCAGAUUAGGUGUAAUGUUUAGAGAUUACAAAUAUUUACAAUACAACAUAUUACAUUUACCUGCCUCUGGAUUUAGUGAGAUUUUAUUCUCUGUAGUGUGAAGCUAUGAGAUGAUGUGUGUAAUAUCUGACUGUGUCAAUUUGACACUUCUUUAGUGAUGUAUAUUUUGAUGCAACCAAUCAGUGUUCCUUUCUGUUGAAGCAUUCCUUUUGACAUAAUUUUUAUGAAUACUUAACUUACUGUUUUAGUUCUAAAGUAUAUUGCUACUGCUUCAUAGUAUGUUUCUUGGGCACAUUGUCUUGGAGCUCCCAUCAUCUUUUCAUACAUCAAGAAAUUCUCACUUUAGACUUUGGCUUUACUACUUGUGUAAGAAAAUGUGUCAUAUGUUAAUUAUGUCAAUACUGAGGGUCAGAAAUGGUGUUCGUGUCAGUAGCUGUUACCUUGAAUUAGAUUGUAGUUACAUAGGGACCUGUUUCAUUUUAUCCACCGCAGCAAUUGUGAUGAAACCGCUGCAGUUCCUCUUGCAUUGUUAAUGAGACUUGGCUGACAUGUUUGUGGCUUAUGCAGUAAAUGUGUGAUAAACAAAUGGCCAUAUAACUAGCAGUGCCUUUUUAUGACAACUGCCAUUGACAGUUUUGGCUCUGUUACCAUUUUUUCUUUUUUUUUUUUUUUUUUUACAAAAGAAAUGUGUGUUUAUAUGACUGACAGAUAAAGGAAAUAAGGGUUACUCAAACAUACAAGGCGCGUAAUUGAAUUCUCAACAUACUCUGGUUAAAUAUCUUGCUAAAUAAUCUCUUUUCUUUCAUUUUCACCAAUCCAUUACAAAUUCAAUAUUGGUUUUAAAUUUUUGUCACAAUUGGAUUCAGUGAUUUAGCCUUCCAUGCUUUGAGAUACACCACUCUUGCCAUGUUAGUCUAUAUACGUCUUCAUCUAUGCUGUUAAAGGAAAUUUUCACCUUCCUAAAUUUUGAAAUGGUGUGUAACUAUUACUGUAUCAAAGAAUUUUCAAUCCUAUUUUCACGUGAAGUUUCUGUGAGAAUUUUAAAUAAUCUAUGUGCUUAAGAGCUGCUAAACCAAGUGAAAAAUAGAAUUAUAGUAUCAGUACCCUUGACAAAAUUUCCUAUUUGUGUGGACCAGCAGACCAGAGUGAUUAGACAACCAAUCUGAUCUUAUGUGUCAAGUUUAUAUCUCCAAGGUAUUUUUGUAUAUUAUGAUGUGAUUUGGUUUUGAUAAAAUCAUGAAGUGCUCAAUCCUUGGAAACUAUUCCAGUCAGAUGUGUUGUGUGCAUUUUGUCAAGCUGAAUGCUUUUCUGUCACAACCUUUAUUUGUGGGUCAUAAUGUAUUCAUAGAUUUUCUUCAGUCUUUCUUUUGUUUGGCCCUAACCCUUAAGUAGACUUGAUUCUAUUUCAAAAACUGUGUUUGAAUGUUUUUGUUUUCAUUAUCUGGAAUUUAGGAAUGGUUGUGAGUAGUAAUAUGGAAUGGAAAUGGGUUUGCAAAACAGGAGGUUAUUUACCACUGUGUUACUUCUUUUAGGUUUUGUCCCUCACUAUAUACAUAUAUAUUGAUUUAUGUAAGUGGCUAGUUUAUUUGUUUUAAUUUUUUUUUUUAUUAUUUAAAAAUAAAUUCAUUCAUACUCUGAUAUGUUAGACAGGUAGAAGACAAUUCUCACUGGAAUUUUGUUGUUACUGCUCUAGACUUUAUUAUCUUAUGUUUGUGUACAAAUGGGCUAAUCGAUUGUGAUCACAUGUGAGAACUGUUUUAGAUGUUGACAAAUUCCUACAUUUCACUGUAGGUUAUCCUUGGCUACAUGAUGUGAUACGUUUUCAUGUAUAUCUUAGUGUGUGCAUUAUGGCUGUCUUGAUUUUGCUGGACUUUUGCAAACAGCCUCACUUCCUGCUCCCUUGCUACUUGUUAAAAAAAAAUCUGUUUCUAUCCUAAGGUUUUAUCUACCUCUUCAACUUUCCCAGUUCAUCCGUUAUCAGCAAUAAGCCUGAUAUCUGAUGUUCUUUAUGGACUGUGCAUCCAAGAUGAACUUUCCAUCAAAGGCUGUGUGUGUGUUGUUUCUUUUUUAAUGUUUGUUCUAAAUGCUUGUUUUGUUUCCUUUGUUCAUUUAUCAAUAAUGACGACAUUCCUGACGUUUUGUUUGCUUGUAAGUUGGUAUUAGUGCCAUUAGUUACAAUGUCAUUUCUGGGCAUAAUUUUGUCAAAGAAUGAUGGCUUUGAAAAUUAUGCUCCUGGGAUGUUAAUAUUUGAAUUUCUCUGUGACCAACUAUUGUGGCAUAAAAUUUUGAUCUACAAUUAAAAGGUUUGUGGCAGAUAAAUUGAUGUUUCCUCGUAAUUUAUAGUCUCUCGUCUCCUUUCCUCCAACCUGCAGCAGGAAUCUUUUAAGUCAUCAUUCUUAUACAGUUCAUUCCCCUGUAUAAAAUUCUGAUCAAUGUUUGUUUUUUUUUCGUUUUUUUUUUUGUUAUUUUGUUUUUCAUUAAUGAAAGUUUCAGAGGCAUCUGUUGUAUCUAGUGUCUUUGUAGAAAAUUGUAAAUUUAUGGCAUUGUAGAGCUUUAAGCUGUCAAAGAGUUUCGUUGGUUGUUGAUUUAAUGCAGUUUGUUUCUGGUUCGUGAGUAAUUUAUUUUUCUUGUACCUUUAGUGUGGGGUCUAUUCGUGUUGGUUUACCCAAGUGCUUUUCUGAUCUGUAAUACACGAAGGAAUAAGGGAAAUACACUAUGAUUUUAAAUGAA